UUCAUAUUCCAAAAACUAUAUAAUUAAAAAAAUAAAAUGUGACGCUUAAAUAUAAAAAACUAGAGCGAAUAUAUUUAUUUUUAAGUUAUGGAUUACUAUUAGAAGAUCUGAUUUUACCUCGAUCAGGCAAAUAUGAAUAAAUUUAUCGAAUAUAUAUUUGAAAAACAUAAGAAUUACGUUAUUUAAUUAUAUGCUGUAACUUCUACUGUUUAGUUUUUAAAUUAAUUUGAUGAAGGUUAGUAAUUAUUAAUAUUUUCAGUGUUGAAGGAAAAGAUUUAGAUAAAUAAUGAAAGAAAUUAGAAAUCUAGAAUUUUAAAUUGCUAAAAAUUAAAAUGAAAUGCGAAAAUAAGUUUAAUAAAAGAAUUAAGUUUUUUUACUUUUUAAAUAAUUUUUUAUAUAUUUUUGUUUCAAAUUUAAUGUAUGCUCAUUUUAAUUUAUUAUUACAUUUUUCCUUAAAUAAAAAUAUAAUGAGAUAGGCGUGUAAAGGCAUAAAAACAUUAAUUAAGAAUAUUUUGAAUAAUUUUAAAAUGGAAAAUUAUAAAUAAAAUAAAAAAGUUAAUUAUAACAAAACGUGAUGAUGAGUAGUUCAAUCUUGAUUAAAAAUUAACGAAUAUGAUAGAAUUAGUGAAAAAAUCGAACAAAAAAAUAUAAGAAUACCAAAUAUAAGAAAAAUUUGUGUUUUUGAAAGAAGCUUAAAAAUUUCGAAAAUAAUUGAAAUAUUUAGAGCG